UUAAAAAUCAGAACUAUUGACAUUUCUAGUCUCCUUGUCGCUUCGGGCUGAAGCGCGGAGGGGGAUCCGCGGGCCGAGGGUCCCCCUCCCUGCCCUCGCCAGGGCCGCUGGGUGACACCGAAAUCCUGAGGCUCCCGCCCCUCGGGGGUUCCUCCUCCUGCUUCCCGAGGUGACUGGUUGGCGCGAAGCGAUUGGCGAUCCCGGGCGCGAUCCCGGCCGCGGCUCCCCGCGCCGCGCGGGGUGAAUGGCCGCGGGCGGAGGAUCGGGAGGCGCCGGGCGCAGACCAAUCGCGGCCGCCGGUGGGAGUAUUUGUUAUUCACAUGGAAGAGACUUGGCGCCGGCUCGGCCAGCUCAGCCCCCUCAGCCCGGAGAUCAGCCACAAGUGCGGCCGCUGUGCUCGCCUCACGCGGCGGCGGCGGCGGCGGCGCUGACAUGGAGCUGCGGGCCCCCGGCGGGCUUCCUCACCGCGCCCUCUGCGGGGAGCAGGGAGUAAUUCUGCUACAAGGCUGAUUUCAAGGACAUGAAUUGUUGACCUCAUCCCAACAUCAGAACCUCAGAUGUUCUAAUUUUUGCACCAUUCCAGGCAAGUUGAUCUUAUAAGGAAAUAAAAUUGAACCUUAGGGGUCUGAUGGAAACUCACUGUGACAUUCAAAUCAAGAAAACUUGCUGAUGCCCACAGAGCCUUUUUCCCAUGGGCCCUGAUGGUAGCCUCCAGAAGGUGCAGCCUCAGGUGGUCCCCCUUCUUCUGUGGCAAGAAUAAACUUUGGGUCUUGGAUUGCAAUACCACUUGUGGAGAAAAUGGUAUGCGAGGGAAAGCGAUCAGCCUCUUGCCCUUGUUUCUUCCUCUUGACCGCCAAGUUCUACUGGAUCCUCACAAUGAUGCAAAGAACUCACAGCCAAGAGUAUGCCCAUUCCAUACGGGUGGAUGGGGACAUUAUUUUGGGGGGUCUCUUCCCUGUCCACGCAAAGGGAGAGAGAGGAGUGCCUUGUGGGGAGCUGAAGAAGGAAAAGGGGAUUCACAGACUGGAGGCCAUGCUUUAUGCAAUUGACCAGAUUAACAAGGACCCUGAUCUCCUUUCCAACAUCACUCUGGGUGUCCGCAUCCUCGACACGUGCUCUAGGGACACCUAUGCUUUGGAGCAGUCUCUAACGUUCGUGCAGGCAUUAAUAGAGAAAGAUGCUUCGGAUGUGAAGUGUGCUAAUGGAGAUCCACCCAUUUUCACCAAGCCUGACAAGAUUUCUGGCGUCAUAGGUGCUGCAGCAAGCUCCGUGUCCAUCAUGGUUGCUAACAUUUUAAGACUUUUUAAGAUACCUCAAAUCAGCUAUGCAUCCACAGCCCCAGAGCUAAGUGAUAACACCAGGUAUGACUUUUUCUCUCGAGUGGUCCCGCCUGACUCCUACCAAGCCCAAGCCAUGGUGGACAUCGUGACAGCACUGGGAUGGAAUUACGUGUCGACACUGGCUUCUGAGGGGAACUAUGGUGAGAGCGGUGUGGAGGCCUUCACUCAGAUCUCGAGGGAGAUUGGUGGUGUUUGCAUUGCUCAGUCACAGAAAAUCCCACGUGAACCAAGACCUGGAGAAUUUGAAAAAAUUAUCAAACGCCUGCUAGAAACACCUAAUGCUCGAGCAGUGAUUAUGUUUGCCAAUGAGGAUGACAUCAGGAGGAUAUUGGAAGCAGCAAAAAAACUAAACCAAAGUGGGCAUUUUCUCUGGAUUGGCUCAGAUAGUUGGGGAUCCAAAAUAGCACCUGUCUAUCAGCAAGAGGAGAUUGCAGAAGGGGCUGUGACAAUUUUGCCCAAACGAACAUCAAUUGAUGGAUUUGAUCGAUACUUUAGAAGCCGAACUCUUGCCAACAAUCGAAGAAAUGUGUGGUUUGCAGAAUUUUGGGAGGAGAAUUUUGGCUGCAAGUUAGGAUCACAUGGGAAAAGGAACAGUCAUAUAAAGAAAUGCACAGGGCUGGAGCGAAUUGCUCGGGAUUCGUCUUAUGAACAGGAAGGAAAGGUCCAGUUUGUAAUUGAUGCAGUAUAUUCCAUGGCUUACGCCCUGCACAAUAUGCACAAAGAUCUCUGCCCUGGAUACAUUGGCCUUUGUCCACGAAUGAGUACCAUUGAUGGGAAAGAGCUACUUGGUUAUAUUCGGGCUGUAAAUUUUAAUGGCAGUGCUGGCACUCCUGUCACUUUCAAUGAAAACGGAGAUGCUCCUGGACGUUAUGAUAUCUUCCAGUAUCAAAUAACCAACAAAAGCACAGAGUACAAAGUCAUCGGCCACUGGACCAAUCAGCUUCAUCUAAAAGUGGAACACAUGCAGUGGGCUCAUAGAGAGCAUACUCACCCGGCGUCGGUCUGCAGCCUGCCGUGUAAGCCGGGGGAGAGGAAGAAAACGGUGAAAGGGGUCCCUUGCUGCUGGCACUGUGAACGCUGUGAAGGUUACAACUACCAGGUGGAUGAGCUGUCCUGUGAACUUUGCCCUCUGGAUCAGAGACCCAACAUCAACCGCACAGGCUGCCAGCUUAUCCCCAUCAUCAAAUUGGAGUGGCAUUCUCCCUGGGCUGUGGUGCCUGUGUUUGUUGCAAUAUUGGGAAUCAUCGCCACCACCUUUGUGAUCGUGACCUUUGUCCGCUAUAAUGACACACCUAUCGUGAGGGCUUCAGGACGCGAACUUAGUUACGUGCUCCUAACAGGGAUUUUUCUCUGUUAUUCAAUCACCUUUUUAAUGAUUGCAGCACCAGAUACAAUCAUAUGCUCCUUCCGACGAAUCUUCCUAGGACUUGGCAUGUGUUUCAGCUAUGCAGCCCUUCUGACCAAAACAAACCGUAUUCAUCGAAUAUUUGAGCAGGGGAAGAAAUCUGUCACAGCGCCCAAGUUUAUUAGUCCAGCAUCUCAGCUGGUGAUCACCUUCAGCCUCAUCUCUGUCCAGCUCCUUGGAGUGUUUGUCUGGUUUGUUGUGGAUCCCCCCCACAUCAUCAUUGACUAUGGAGAGCAGCGGACACUAGAUCCAGAGAAGGCCAGGGGAGUGCUCAAGUGUGACAUUUCUGAUCUCUCACUCAUUUGUUCACUUGGAUACAGUAUCCUCUUGAUGGUCACUUGUACUGUUUAUGCCAUUAAAACGAGAGGUGUCCCAGAGACUUUCAACGAAGCCAAACCUAUUGGAUUUACCAUGUAUACCACCUGUAUCAUUUGGUUAGCUUUCAUCCCCAUCUUUUUUGGUACAGCCCAGUCAGCAGAAAAGAUGUACAUCCAGACAACAACACUUACUGUCUCCAUGAGUUUAAGUGCUUCAGUGUCUCUGGGCAUGCUCUAUAUGCCCAAGGUUUAUAUUAUAAUUUUUCAUCCAGAACAGAAUGUUCAAAAACGCAAAAGGAGCUUCAAGGCUGUGGUGACAGCUGCCACCAUGCAAAGCAAACUGAUCCAAAAAGGAAAUGACAGACCAAAUGGCGAGGUGAAAAGUGAACUCUGUGAGAGUCUUGAAACCAACACUUCCUCUACCAAGACAACAUAUAUCAGCUACAGCAAUCAUUCAAUCUGAAACAGGGAAAUGACACAAUCUGAAGAGAUGUGGUAUAUGAUCUUAAACAAUGAACAUGAGACUGCAAAAAUUCACUCCUGGAGAUCUCCAUAGACUACAAUCAAUCAAAUCAAUAGUCUUGUAAGGAACAAAAAUUAGCCAUGAGCCAAAAGUAUCAAUAAACGGGGAGUGAAGAAACCCGUUUAAUACAAUAAAACCAAUGAGUGUCAAGCUAAAGUAUUGCUUACUCAUGAGCAGUUAAAAAACAAAAUCACAAAAGGAAAACUAAUGUUAGCUUGUGAAAAAAAAAUGCUGUUGAAAUAAAUCAUGUCUGAUGUUAUUCUUGUAAGUAUUUUUCUGUGAUUGUGAGAACUCCCGUUCCUGUCCCACGUUGUUCAACUUGUAUAAGACAAUGAGUCUCUUUCUUGUAAUGGCUGACCGGAUUGAAGCCCUGGGUUGUGCUAAAAAUAAAUGCAAUGAUUGAUGCAUGCAAUUUUUUAUACAAAUAAUUUAUUUCUAAUAAUAAAGGAAUGUUUUGCAAAUGUUGAGAGUUGUUUCGUUCCAGUUUUAAAGCUAGGGAAAACUCUUCUUUCUAGUUGGCACUUCCGCUGUUUUUUAGCUCCUUCUAUGAAAGCGCUGAUGUUCUGAGGAAAUAUUUCUUUGAGGAAUGUGUAUUUGUACAUUUGUGUGCAUAUGAGGAAGAUUGUCUUUUAUUCCUAUAUUAAAAGCAUUAUUUGUGUAA